AUGCCUUCCAAGCCAGCGGUUACCGGAAAGUGCCAGUGCUUUAACAACCCAACUCCUCUCAUGUCGGUUUCUGUGGAGUGCGUUUGCUCUCUCGCAUAUGCAGCUCCGCGCAUGUGUGUGCCAGAAGGAGGUCUGGAAGAGCCAUGCCGAGCAUACAGCAAGCUCGUACUAUGCACACCCGAGAAUAGGGGAGGAAACGAUAAGAAAGGGUACACACUGUGCGUCUCACAGCACCCACAACCCAGCCGACUCUCUGGUGCCAUUUCAUCGAAACCCUCACACCUAAACACCGGACCACCUCAGCAACAACAACUCAUCGUACAGCUUCUCCUCCUCGUGAACAGAUCCUGGAAACUGAGCUCCAGCACCUCAAAUUAUGUUAAGUCGGAAAAACAAUGCCGCAAAAAGCUCAUGGCGGCUUCGGAAAAGAGACACCAAGACUUGUAA